AGUCCAACCCCACUAGCCCACGCUUCCAUGUUUGGUCAUGAAUCCGUCGUCAAGCUACUUUUGCAGUCCAGUGGUGCAGAUAGUAACUGUCAGGACGGAUUUCUGAAGCGAACCCCGUUAUCAUGGGCUGCGGAGUAUGGGCAUAGUGGCAUAGUUGGUCUAUUCUUAGAGCCAAGUCGAGCGAAUGUCAAUUCGAAAGACGACAUUGGCUUCACACCGCUAUUAUACGCUGCAGCAAGGGGACACGACUCAAUAGUUGAUUUGUUGCUG